CCAAAGUCGAAUCAGUGGCAUUCGCCUGCUCUUCCACCAAUUGCAUUUUUCGUUUGGGUUACGUUUUCCCUCGUAUUGACUCACAAGUGCGAUUAGGAAUGCGCGAUGUCUUGUAGGCGUGCGCGUCUCUCGACACCUGGGAGGUCAAGUCAGCAGUCAGCGGUCUUAUAACAUAGAGUUCCCAGUUUCCCACUCCUCUGGUCGCCAUUUUGUGAGAUCCCUCAUUUUCUUCAUGUCGAAUCGCGUGUUAUAGUAACUCAUUAAACAUUCUUCUUGAGAAUGAGUUUUCGAAGUCAUUCAGAUAAUGGACCAGGUUUUGUGGGCAUUAAAUUUUGCCAAGAAUGGUAAGACUGUGUUUUUGCGCUGGGUAUUUGGUAAAUUACCUACAAAUCAUUCUUAUGUUUCAUUUGCUUGUCGAUUGUUAAAUUUAACUUGUAAAAGCUUAUGGAUAAACUAAUUCUUUUCCUUUGUAGCAACAACAUGUUGUACCCAAAGGAAGACAAAGAUAACAAGAUACUGUUAUAUGCAGUAAGUUAAAGUUUCAUUUCCUGAGAACUUUCUACCAUUCGGCGGAAUUAUGGCCGAUCGACAUCAAGAAGAACUUUAUUGUUUUUCACAGAUUGUCUAUUACAUAUAGCUUCUGACGCAUGGCAAAAUAUUCAGAGUUAAAAGGAAUUAUAGUAGUUCAAGUACACUCAUCUACAUGUGUCCUCACACAUAACUGUUUUUAAAAUAUAUAAUUACCAUGUGAACCUGUUGCUGGGUUGAAAUUUAUCUACUCUGGUAAUUGGAAAUCAUCGAUCUGCAGUUUACAAAUCAACAACCCACUUUCAAUUAUUUGAAAUACAGCUUAAAACAAGAGACAUCACGGCAAAAUUUCCACACAGCCCCAUACUAUUGUAAAACAAAUCUGUUUUCCCAAUGGCAAUGUAUUGUUUUUGUCAUUGUUUUCUCUAUCCAGGAACUGAAAGUACAAUGUAGUAUGUGGCCGUGUGGAAAUUUUACUGACAUCACUAUGAAGCAUUAAGGAACAUGAAAUUUGUAAGAUUUCUUCCUCUGCCUUUGUUUUUACAAGAGUUUCAGCAACUCUUUCCUUAAGUGGCAGCUGAUGUUGUAAUAGGUGGAAGUGUCUUAAGGUGAAGCUUAAAUAUGAGCCCCAACUUGAAGGCUAAACAGAGGGUGACAAGUGAUUUGGUAUUAUCAAUUGAGUUGAUAAUGUAAAUUGGCCACUGUAAAGAGUUUGAAAGGUGCCUUUUCUAAUCUUUUCCCUUCGUCAGAGUGAAUAUGGUCUGCUGUUCUAAAAUCUGUGGAUUGCCACUAACAGGCUAAUAUUAAACCACUGGCUUAAUGUUGAUUUCACAAUGUAGAAAAUGUUUUAUAAAGUUUUCUUUGGGGAUACCUUUCUCAGUGUAGAAAUUGUGACUAUCAGCAAGAAGCCGACAACAGUUGCAUCUAUGUGAACAAGAUCACUCAUGAAGUUAAGUAAGUAUCAUGGGCCAUAGCUAGACCAAAUGCAACAUGCAUUCAACUCUUUUUUAUGAAAGCUUGAUAUCAGGUGCAAGAAAUUUUGAACAGGAAUUUCGACUUUGUAUAUCUUAAGUAUGAGAGUAAUUUUUAUAGUAAUGAACACUACUUAAGCGAUUGUUAAAAAAUUAAAGCAGGAAAAAGUAGAAAUGCAGGCUAGUACAGGAGUUGAACUCAUGAAAUCUGUGACAUAUUUCUUGUUAGAUGUUUUGGAGUGUACUAUUACUGAAUAAUUUUACUAGUUGUGUCAUAUUUUGACAAUCUCAUAGGCUGAGUCAAAAUACAAACAAUGAUGUGUAUUCCUUUACAGCAAACAACACAAGAGUGGCCAACCUGUCAAACAGGUUUUUUUAUGCACAAAAAAAGAACUUUCCAGAUAACAACUUGCUAUAUUGCUCAAUAUUUGUGGUUGAUUCUUGUGUUAUUCAUACUCUGUUUAGUGCAGUUGGAGAAUAAGUGUGUUUGGUCCCUCAUAAUUGGGCCAAAAUACAUAGCAUGGAGAAAUAAUUGAGACAAAUUCAAUCCUUGGAUGCAUCAACUGGCUUUUGGUCACAUAAAUUGUCUGUUUAGAUCAGUCAGUGUUCUUAUCUUUCCAAAUGAAUCAAAACACUCCCUCAUUCACAUAUUUGUGUUAUGAUACAGUGAACUGACGCAGAUUGUAACAGAUGUUGUUGCUGAUCCUACAUUACCAAGAACAGAGGACCAUUUAUGUCCCAAGUGAGUGAACUUCAGUUUGGCACAAAAACUGUUUUCUACUGGUUGUUUUUUAAAAAAAAAUAAAUAGAAUUAGUUGACUUUUAAACAAAGCAAGGGAAAAUUUCACAGCAAUCCAGUGAAAAUUUGCAUUUACUGUUGGUGGUUUAUUUUGCUUCACAGUGGUCUAUAAGGGGUCAAAACCAUACCUCUAUACCUGGUGCACUGUGUAACCAGUAUGCAGAGUCAUUCUAAAUGCUGCAAUGUAACCAUGCCUUGUCAUGGCUAACCCUUUAACUCCCAUGAGUGACCAAGACAGAAUUUCUCCUUACAAUAUCAAUACAACAUCAACCAGGCAAGUGAUGAGAAUAAAGAAAACUACCAAUUUGGGGAUAAUUAGUUGAUCCAAUACUAAAUUCUUUGAACUAACAUUAUAAGAAUUGUAGGGUUGACAGCAAGGAGAAUUACAAAUUUUGUCUGGGAGUGAAAGGGUUAACAACUAUUUACCUGUUGCUCAUAGAGUCAUUGGUCAUAGUUACUUAACCAUCUAACUCCCAAAAGUGAUUUUCAUGUCACUUCUCCAAAUAAUAUCCAUACAUUAUCCAGCAAACAGGUAAUGAGAAUACUCAAACUUGUCAAGUAGAGGUUAUCUUGAUCUAACACCAAAUUCACUUGACUAGUUUACUAGGGAAUGUGUAGCAGCUAGAAAGGAGAAUUAACAAUCAGAUCUCGAUCAGAGCUAAGGGGUUAAUUUGCUUGUAUACAUGUACCUUUGUUUGAGAAACUACAUGUAUCUUAAAAGAGUAGCACAAUACUUGAAUUAAAAGAACUGUAAGUUUCUUUGCUUUAAGUAGUCUUCUGGGAUUUCAAAAUUUAUGAGUUCUUAGUGUGUACUGUACAAUUCAUAGAUCGGUUCCCAUCCAUACUUCUGGUUGGACUGAGGCUCUUUAAGUGAACAGUGUCUUGCUCGAGAGUGUAGCAGCACAGUGGCCCAGUCUCAGCCCGAACCCUGAAUAUUUGAUCAGCUUUUCAACUGAUUAACAUUAGACCUCUAUGCCUCCUACUGAUUUAAUACAUACACAUGUUCCCUUUUUUUGACCAUUUUUUAUUGUUUUAGAUGUGGUCACAGUGAGGCAGUGUUUUUCCAAUCACAAUCCAGCAAAGCAGAUGUAAGUUUUUUUUAAUGUACUGUUAAUCUAACCAACCUGUUGAUAUUCAGUACGUACUAUCUAUCCAUUUUUUUCUCAUAUUUCCCAAUCAAGUCCCGGUAAACCUGGUUUUGAAAUUUCAACUUUCUGCGUGAACCAAUCUGAACAUAUCCUUUUUUUCUCAUUGUAUUUUAACAGCAAAUGAGAUUGUACUAUGUGUGUACAGCGGUUAACUGUGGAAACAGGUGGACUGAAUGAGACAACUCACUGAACUUCAACGUACAGUAAAAAAUUAUAAAGGGAACAAUAUUACCAACUUCUUCUGCAGACGUCCUGACGGCUCAUCAGGAAAAAGCAAAAUGACACCAUUAUUGCUGUUCGAAAACAUUUAAUGUUUAGUAUAAGAAGAGAGAGACUGUGUUUUUCAGUUCACUUAGUUUUUCGCUGUCCUAAGCAAUGACGUGGUUAGCCUCGAUUCCACAUUAUUUUUCCCUAAAUUAAAUUUUAAUUCCUAUCGAUUUCAUUGCCCGUGAGGAAAAGGUUUAAUGAGUCGCUUGGAGAUUUAAGAGCAUGCAUUGUGAUAAGUUUGGUGCGGUCGUUCGUGAAAAAAAGAUAAUUAGACUCAGCAGGCUUUCUGUUUUGUUUCAUGAUUGAUAAGGAAUCACAGAAUGUUGUAAUAGGAGUAGUGCCGCGAUUCCAAAAAGAAAAUAAAAUCUUCGAGUGGAUUCGAGCCUUGCCUCUUAGACACUAGUCGGGCGCUUCUGCUACGUUGAUCCAGAUUGAUCCCUAUGGUUCACACGCUGUAGAUCGUAU